GAAAGAAAAACGUACAAGGGUCCAACAAAUCACAGAGUAGAGUACUCUCUCUCUCUCUCUCUCUCUCUCUUCAAAACUGGACUCGCUGAAAUCAAAGAACCAUCACAGAGAGAGACCACCACACAGUCUGGGCAGUCAUGGCUGCUGCAAAUGCUCCCAUCGCCAUGAAAGAAGUCCUAACGUUGCCUAGCCUAGGAAUCAACCAACAAUUUAUCACAUUCACCAAUGUGACGAUGGAAUCGGAUAAGUACAUUUGUGUGAGGGAAACUGCACCUCAAAAUAGUGUUGUUAUCAUUGAUAUGAACGUGCCUAUGCAGCCACUGCGAAGGCCAAUCACUGCUGACUCGGCUUUGAUGAACCCCAAUUCUAGAAUUCUUGCCCUUAAAGCUCAAGUCCCGGGAACAAAUCAGGACCAUUUGCAAAUAUUCAACAUUGAAUUGAAGACAAAAGUCAAAUCACAUCAGAUGCCAGAGCAGAUUGUAUUUUGGAAGUGGAUCACCCCAAAGAUGCUUGGCCUAGUCACACAGACAUCAGUCUAUCAUUGGUCAAUUGAAGGUGAUUCUGAACCUAUGAAGAUGUUUGACCGAACAGCGAAUUUGGUGAAUAAUCAAAUAAUCAACUAUCGUUGUGAUCCUACUGAAAAGUGGUUGGUCUUGAUUGGAAUUGCUCCUGGUUCACCUGAGAGGCCACAACUUGUAAAAGGGAGUAUGCAGCUUUUCGCUGUGGAUCAGCAACGGAGUCAAGCUCUUGAAGCACAUGCUGCAUCAUUUGCCUCAUUUAAAGUUGCAGGGAAUGAGAAACCUUCAGUUCUUAUAUGUUUUGCUUCAAAGACCUCUAAUGCUGGACAAAUUACAUCCAAGUUGCAUGUUAUUGAACUCGGUGCCCAGCCAGGAAAACCUGCAUUUUCUAAGAAGCAAGCAGAUUUAUUCUUUCCCCCAGACUUUGUUGAUGACUUUCCAGUGGCAAUGCAGAUAUCACACAUGCAUAGUUUGAUUUAUGUGAUCACAAAGCUUGGACUUCUAUUCGUGUAUGACCUAGAGACAGCUGCUGCCAUUUAUAGGAAUCGGAUUAGUCCAGAUCCUAUAUUUUUGACAACAGAAGCUUCAUCAAUUGGCGGAUUUUAUGCCGUCAAUAGGCGUGGCCAAGUUUUGCUUGCCACUGUAAAUGAAGCAACGAUUGUGUCUUUUGUCAGUGGUCAGUUAAAUAAUCUGGAGCUUGCUGUUAAUCUUGCCAAACGUGGAAACCUCCCUGGUGCAGAAAACCUGGUUGUUGAGCGGUUCCAAGAAUUGUUUGCUCAGACAAAGUAUAAGGAGGCUGCAGAACUUGCUGCAGAGUCACCGCAGGGAAUUCUCCGCACUUCUGACACUGUUGCUAAAUUUCAGAGUGUUCCAGUGCAAGCUGGGCAAACACCUCCUUUGCUGCAGUACUUUGGAACUCUUUUAACUAGGGGAAAGCUCAAUGCUUUUGAGUCAUUGGAACUAUCUCGUCUUGUUGUAAAUCAGAACAAAAAGAAUCUUUUGGAGAAUUGGUUGGCAGAGGACAAACUUGAAUGUAGCGAGGAGCUUGGAGAUCUUGUGAAGACAGUGGAUAAUGACCUUGCACUGAAAAUUUACAUUAAAGCUAGAGUGACUCCAAAAGUUGUUACUGCGUUUGCUGAGAAGAGGGAGUUUGACAAAAUUCUCAUAUACUCAAAGCAGGUUGGAUACACACCUGAUUAUUUAUUUCUUCUACAAACAAUUCUGCGAUCAGAUGCCCAGGGAGCUGUUAAUUUCGCUUUAAUGAUGUCUCAAAUGGAGGGAGGUUGCCCAGUUGACUACAAUACAAUCACAGAUCUAUUCCUUCAGAGGAACCUGAUUCGUGAGGCAACAGCCUUUCUGUUGGAUGUUUUGAAGCCAAAUUUACCAGAACAAGGUUCCCUCCAAACAAAGGUUUUGGAAAUCAAUCUGGUGACAUAUCCAAAUGUGGCGGAUGCUAUAUUAGCUAAUGGGAUGUUUAGCCACUAUGAUCGGCCUCGUAUCGCACAACUCUCUGAAAAAGCUGGUCUGUAUGUACGAGCCCUUCAGCAAUAUACUGAAUUGUCAGAUAUAAAACGUGUCAUUGUGAACACACAUGCCAUUGAACCACAGUCCCUAGUUGAGUUCUUUGGAACCCUUUCUAAAGAAUGGGCCCUAGAGUGCAUGAAGGACCUUCUACUGGUCAAUCUUAGGGGCAAUCUUCAGAUAAUUGUGCAGGUUGCAAAAGAAUUUUCUGAGCAGUUGGGUGUUGAGUCUUGCAUAAAACUCUUCGAGCAGUUCAAGUCCUAUGAAGGGUUAUACUUCUUCUUGGGGUCAUAUUUGAGCUCCAGUGAGGAUCCUGAAAUCCACUUUAAGUACAUUGAGGCAGCUGCUAAAACAGGGCAGAUUAAGGAAGUGGAACGGGUGACUCGGGAAUCAAACUUUUAUGACCCUGAAAAGACGAAGAACUUUUUAAUGGAAGCAAAACUUCCUGAUGCACGUCCUCUUAUCAAUGUCUGCGAUCGUUUUGGUUUUAUUCCUGAUCUCACUCAUUACCUAUACACAAGCAACAUGCUUCGGUAUGUUGAAGGAUAUGUUCAAAAGGUCAAUCCAGGAAACACUCCUCUAGUUGUAGGGCAGCUACUGGAUGAUGAGUGCCCUGAAGAUUUCAUUAAAGGUCUUAUUCUUUCAGUUCGUUCUCUUCUUCCAGUUGAUCCCCUUGUAGAGGAAUGUGAAAAGAGAAAUCGUCUUGGUUUACUCACUCAAUUUCUGGAACAUCUUGUGAGUGAGGGAAGCCACGAUGUACAUGUCCACAAUGCUCUGGGUAAAAUCAUCAUAGACAGCAACAACAACCCAGAGCAUUUUCUUACCACCAACCCCUACUAUGAUUCACGUGUUGUGGGUAAAUAUUGUGAGAAACGGGACCCCACCCUUGCUGUUGUCGCUUAUCGUAGGGGGCAGUGUGAUGAUGAAUUAAUUAAUGUCACCAGCACGAACUCCUUGUUCAAAUUGCAGGCUAGAUAUGUGGUGGAAAGGAUGGAUGCUGACCUCUGGGAGAAGGUUCUUAGUCCUGAUAAUGAGUAUAGAAGGCAGCUAAUUGAUCAAGUUGUGUCUACUGCUUUGCCUGAAAGCAAGAGCCCAGAGCAAGUUUCAGCAACUGUUAAAGCUUUUAUGACAGCUGAUCUUCCACAUGAACUGAUUGAGCUUCUUGAAAAGAUUGUGCUCCAAAAUUCUGCUUUUAGUGGGAACUUCAAUCUGCAGAAUUUGUUGAUCCUGACAGCAAUCAAGGCAGAUCCACCAAGAGUUAUGGAUUACAUAAAUAGGUUAGACAACUUUGAUGGACCUGCUGUGGGAGAGGUGGCUGUGGAAGCACAAAAAAUUAUCUAUGUGGAUGAGUUGGAGGAGGUUAGUGAAUAUUACCAGAACAGGGGAUGCUUUAAAGAGCUAAUAACUCUAAUGGAGAGUGGUCUAGGGUUGGAACGUGCUCAUAUGGGCAUAUUUACUGAAUUGGGCAUUCUUUAUGCAAGAUUUCGUCAUGAGAAGCUUAUGGAGCACAUCAAACUGUUCUCAACCCGUCUCAACAUUCCAAAGCUCAUACGAGCUUGUGAUGAACAGCAGCACUGGAAGGAACUAACUUAUUUGUAUAUCCAAUAUGAUGAGUUUGACAAUGCUGCAGCUACCAUAAUGAACCACUCCCCAGAAGCGUGGGAUCACCUGCAGUUUAAAGAUGUUGUGGUGAAAGUUGGAAGUGUGGAGCUGUACUACAAGGCUGUACACUUCUACUUGGAAGAACAUCCUGAUCUUAUUAAUGAUCUUCUUAAUGUGCUUGCCCUUCGUGUAGACCAUACACGUGUGGUGGACAUAAUGCGAAAGGCUGGUCACCUCCGUAUUGUAAAGCCCUACAUGGUUGCGGUACAGAGCAACAAUAUUGCUGCCGUUAAUGAAGCAUUGAAUGAAAUUUAUGUUGAAGAGGAGGACUAUGACAGACUUCGUGAGUCAAUAGAUUUGCAUGAUAACUUUGAUCAGAUAGGCCUUGCACAGAAGAUUGAAAAACAUGAGCUUCUUGAGAUGAGGCGUGUAGCCGCUUAUAUUUAUAAGAAGGCAGGAAGAUGGAAGCAGUCUAUUGCAUUGUCAAAGAAAGACAGUCUUUACAAAGAUGCUAUGGAGACAUGCUCACAGUCUGGUGACCGUGAACUUUCAGAGGAGUUGCUUGUUUAUUUUAUUGAGCAGGGAAAGAAAGAGUGCUUUGCAUCAUGCCUUUUUGUAUGCUACGAUUUAAUCAGGCCAGAUGUUGCUCUUGAACUUGCAUGGAUGAACAAUAUGAUUGACUUCUCCUUUCCAUAUCUCUUACAGUUUAUUCGUGAGUACACUAGCAAAGUCGAUGAACUUGUCAAGCACAAGAUUGAUACCCUUGGUGAGGUAAAAGCUAAAGAAAAGGAGGAGAAGGAAAUGGUUGCACAACAGAAUAUGUACGCUCAGUUGCUACCUCUUGCUUUGCCUGCACCACCAGUGCCUGGAAUGGGAGGACCUGGGAUGGGUGGAGGUUUUGCUCCUCCACCACCAAUGGGUGGAAUGGGUAUGCCUCCUAUGCCACCUCCUUAUGGCAUGCCAUCAAUGGGCUCGUAUUGAUUGUGUGCUUAUGAGAAAUGGUAGUAAUGCCUAGUUGACGUCAAAAAGCUCUGGAAUCUCCUGUUUGUGUUGCUGGCUUUGGGAGGAAACUUGACGCUCCAGUGCAAUGCUCUGUCUCUCAUCUCGUGCAUGUUUGUAGGCCCAAAGAUAUUUCUCUCAAUGUUCCAUAGAAAGAUAUUUCUCUGCUUUGGAUACUGAUCCGUGUAGGACUGAUCUUCAGGUGACUGGUGGAUGUAGUUGAUGGAAAAUUGGCUUUUGUGGGUUUUUUUUUUUUCUUUCUAUGGUUGUCGCUAGAUUGCCAUGUGUACAGGACUCACUUUGUAAUUUAUAUUGGUGGUGUUUGGUGUAGCUGUUAAAACAGAUUAUAGAUUAUAGCUUAACAGAUUAUAGAUUAUGACUUUAAUCA